AUGACAGAAGAAAAUUUAAUGAGUAUUGACGAAGUCAAUAAACUGAAAGAAGCAAAUGAAACUCUAGGGUUAAGUAUUAAGCGUACUCGUUUUUCAAUUAAACGGUUAAGACUCGAGUACAGUAUUCUUUUGGAAAGGUUAGAAUCACGGAUUGAUUCAAUUACAAAUAUUAAGGAUGAAAAUCCUUUGCCAACUUUAUUGACGAUUGAAAAUGCAGCAAAUGCUAAUGGUGACAAUAAUAUCAGUAGCAUUAUAAAUUCUAGUAUUAAGCAUGUAAUUAGUAACAAUAUAGGUAAUGGUAUGAGUGCUGGAUCAACUAGUCUUUCUACUGAAAGUGGACGUAGCAUUAAUAGUGAAGGUAGAUCUCAGAAUAAUAUCAACUCUGGCAAUCCUCAAGUUCUGACAAAUUCAUCAACUGGGAAAACGUCUGCUCGCAAGCCCAUUCGUAAAGGUAAGAAUAAGGCGAACAAAAUACAUAGGACAAGAGCUCAAAAGUUAAAGGACAGAGACCCAAAUUUACCAAAAAGACCUACAAAUGCCUAUUUACUAUUUUGUGAGGAAACUAAAGAAAAAAUCAAACAAAGUGGAUCUGCAGAUGUGACUAAGGCUCUUGCAGAAGCUUGGAAGAAUUUGGAUGAACAAGAAAGAAAGCCAUAUUACAAAUUAUAUAGUGAAGAUAGGUUAAGAUACCAACGUGAAAUGCAGAUUUAUAACACAAAAUAUGGAAAAGGGAAUGUUAACAGCUCUUCAACUAAUAAUUCAGUUGAUACUGCGACUUCUAAAUUGAAUACAGCUGUAGAACUUUCUCCGCCGAAGAAUGAAAUGCAAAUCAAAUCUCUAGUGGAUACUGAAACAUCCGUUCCACCAUCGAUGAAUACCAUACCAAAAACGAAACAAUCUACAAAAAUAAAUAAAAAUGAGAAUAAAUUAGUAGCAAAAAGUGACGAAAGUGGUGAAAUAUCAGCAAUUAGCGAUAGCAAUACACCAGCAAAUUCCAACAAUAUAGAAUCGAUAAAUGACGCUGUGACAAUGGAUAUUAGUAUUGAUGAAGAGGACGAAGAAGAAGACGAAGAAGAGGAUGAGGAUGAAGGACAAGGGGAUGAAGCAGGAGAAGAGGACGAUAUUGAUGAAGGAACAGAAGAUAGCGUUACUAAUGGUAUGGAUGUACUCGAACGUUUAGAAGACGACGUGGCAGCUGAAUAG